AUGCGGAUUGCCGCGAGUGGCGUGGUGGCCUCCAUCGCCGGAAUCAAGAACCCGUCGGGGAGGAAGCUGCUACGAUUUGUGGGGAGGCGGGAUCUCGCGGACCUAGCGGAAGCGAUGGUCAAGGAGGUGCUACCUCACGUCGAUCGCGAGGGCAUGCAGGUCGGCAUGAAGGGGAAGGACGGCAGCACAGUCGGGCUCAGCCUCAUUGCGACUUUCCCAGAGGCGGAGGACCAACCAUGGCAUAGGGAUGCGAACAGGAGGAACGUCCUCUCCGUCAUUAUAGCGCUGAACCGACGGCAGUUUCGCAUCUUCGACCAAGAGCCCAUCUGGCUCGAGCGGGGCGACGCCCUCGUCUUUGAGGCGGACAAGCUGUGCCACGGCGGGGCGGGCCUCGGACCAGGGGCGGACAUGGCCGUCGCCCUCUUUGCGUACGUGGGCGACGUCAACGAGUCCGUCGUGACCACGAGCUUUGGGUGCACAGCGGCGCAGCGGGCGCGGGCGUUGACUGAUGAGGAAAUGUUUGCGGUGCUCGAGGAGUUCGCCGACGACGAAGAACAGACUAUCGAGGAGUUCGCCGAGCACGCCGAAUCGGACAUGGAGGUGCUCGCCGAGCUCCACUGCCGCCUGCUCACCAGCGAGGGGGAGCUACGGCGGGUACUCCAGGCGAGAGAUACAGCCAUCGUCCUGCGAAGCCUUCGACGAGCAGUGACGAUAGCCUCGACGGAGCAGAUCCUCGUCGACCUAAAGGAGGGGAGAUGGCCCGGAGCAACAUCCCUCGAGGCCCAAAAGGCGGCGGAAGGCAGCCCGGGAGGCGCGACGCCGGCGAGCGCACAGAGCUCCUGCCCAGCAGCGGCGACGACGGAAGCCACGGCUGCCGAGGCGACGGCAGCGGCAAUCUCGACCACGCCCCAGCGGCCGCCCCACUUUGGGCCGGAGGCGCUGCUCGCCUCAAUCGAGUGCGGCGCGAUCGCCCCGCUGCGCGGCCGCUUUCUCGUCGAGUGGGCCGCGAGCGGGAAGCCGCUCCCACGCCGGCAGGACCUGCCGCCCGAAGCCUUCUUCCCGCUGGACGAGCUGCGCCGCCUCGUCGAGGCGCUGGGUGAGGACUGGGGCCUUCUCUUCGUCGCGCUCUCGUACCGCUGGCUGGCGAAGGACCACCCCGACCCGGAGCGCUUCCACCUGGAGACGUGGCGGCGGUGGCGCGGCUCUACCUGGACGGCGGGCCGGAGCGUCCAGGACUUCGCGUGCCUCUUCCAGAAGCCGCGCACGCCGGCGGAGGACGAGCUGUUCAAGCAGGGCCUCUCGCUGCUGGACGUCUGGUACGGGCACGAGCAGACGGUGUGCUGGCAGCAGUCGGAGCUGCCGCCCGGCUUUGCGGAGGAGAUGGAGGCGCUCGGCCUUGCGAGGUCUUACGAGGAGAGCGGCUGGUGCUUUGUGGAGGCGGUGGUCUCGGCGGGGGUGAAGGUGGGGACGCGGCGGCUCGACCUCGGCAAGCGGACCGAGCUGGCGAUGGGUUUUGCUUACGGCGACGGCGGCGACGGCGGCGUCCUCUGGCCUUCCCAUAUGAAGCUCGAGGGCGUGUGCGCGGCGCGGCGCCACCCGCCGCUGCAGCCCGACGAGGCCCGGCGGCUGCUCGUGACGGAGAAGAAGUUCACAACCGGCAAGGAGGACGUGGAGGUGGUGGACGCGCUAUACCGCCGCUUCUUCGAGGGCGUUGCAGGCACGGCGACGGCUCUUGCCUUCAGCGGGCUCAAGUGGGGCCCUGCAGAAAGCAAGGCGUUGGCUGCCGUGCUGCCGCGGUUUGUGACGCUGGAGAGCCUCGACCUGUCGAUGAACGAGCUGGGGGCGGAAGGAGCCACGGAACUCGCUGGGUACCUGCGCGUCAGCGCGUCGCUGACAGAGGUUCAGCUCGGCAGCAACCAGCUCAAGGACGAGGGUGUCACUGCCAUCUGCAACGCGGUAGUCGACAAGGCAUUUGAGACGCUGAUGAUGCCUUCAAUGCGCCUCGCCGCCGCGGGCGUCGCGUGCAUCGUGGCGCCUCUGACGCUGCUGCUCCUUGCGCCUCUGACGCUGCUGCUGCUGCCGAUUCUGGUGCCGCUCGGCCUGCUGCUGACCGCCGUGGGAGUCGCCCGCGCCGGUAUCGUCGUCUCGAUGGACGGGUCGAGGCAGCGCGCGCGCUCGCCGCGCUCGCCAGCCGACCGGUCGGGUCCGCAGGCGGAGGCAGCCUCGCGCUCGGAAGAGGCGUGUGCGACGCCGUCGUCCCGUCGCAAGCGGCGCGCGUCGUGGGGCUCGAGCAGCCGCGAGGGUCUGCCGCUCGACCGGCGCGCCUCGAGCGCCCAGGACCGGCCGUAUCUCCCCAUAUCUCCCCAUAUCUCCCCAUAUCUCCCCAUAUCUCCCCAUAAAUCGAGCGCCCAGGAUCGGCCGCCCGAACUGUCCCCGAACCUUCCGACGGCGAUCGCUCUCUCAGCCGCCUCUGUCCCUGUCCCUGUUGGCGAGCUGCUCCGCGACAAUGUCGCCCGCGCGACGCACGAGCUGCGCACUGAAGUGGAGGAGCAGCUCGCGGCGCUGCAGG